AGCUCUAUUUAUUCCCAAGAAACCCUUCACUCUCUCUCUCUCUCUCUAAAAGCAAAAGCCUUGUGCAGCUUCAGAAAUGGCUGCUGACGUGAGCGCUCUGGUUCGGGUCUUGAACGGGUACAACAAGGAGGAUCCGCAUCGGGCGGUAGGGAAUGAUUCUAGCAGUGAGAAAUCUACGGCUCUGAUUACUCGUGACCUGCUUGGUGGGUCCUCCUCCUCCUCUACCUCUAAGCUUGCUGAGUCCCAGGAAUUGGACCUCGACGGGCAGGUCCCUAAUGGCUGGGAAAAGCGUCUAGACUUGAAGUCAGGGACAGUGUACCUACAAAGAUGUAGCACCCCAAAUUCACCUUCAAUCUCAGAGCACAAGCACCAAAGCAAUCCAACAGUUCCAAAGCUUCAAGAUUUAAAUUUCCCACCGUCGCCGUCAAAAAUCACAUUAAAUCUAUUUGAAGAAAGUUGCUUGGAUUUAAAGCUAGUAUCGUCGUCGUCGUCGAACAAUUAUCAAAGCGUUUGCACUCUUGAUAAGGUGAAAUCAGCGCUUGAAAGGGCAGAGAAAGAGCCAGCGAAGAAGAGAGCAUCAUUUUGGAAAUCAUCCAUGUCACCUUCGUAUUCUUCAUCAUCCUCUUCGAUCAGAGAAACCACCCAAGAAGAAGAUACCCAUGAAGACAAAUUAUUAUCAUCGCCAAUUGCCGCAGGGUGCCCCGGUUGCUUGUCUUACGUUUUGAUAACCAAAAACAACCCAAAAUGUCCUCGCUGCACUUCGGUUGUCCCCUUGCCCAUGAUGAAGAAACCUAGGAUUGAUCUCAACAUAUCAAUUUGAGUCAUUAACGAAUACUAUUUAUGCUUUUUAUCCAAUAUUUUCUUCUCCUUUUCUUUUUCUUUUCUUUUUUCUUUUUGUUUUUUUUUUUUUGUUUUUUUUGUAGAUGAUAGAUGAGAUUAAGGCUUAAGAAAUAGAUUUGUUAGUGAAAGAAGAACAUAUUGUACAUGUUAAAAGGAUGGUAGUUUUACUAGCAUAGUCGAUAGAAGUUUUCUUCCUUGUGACUUUC